UUUUUCUGAAGGUUUGCCAAGGCGGAGAGCGAAACGAAAUCGCCUACGUUUUUCCAGAAAAUUCAAAGUUGUCACAGACGUUUCUCACCUCGCGAGACUCCCGUUGAUUGGGACCGAGUCCCCGUCCGCGUCGGGAGAUUUCCAGAGUUGACCCGCUGCGUUCGCGUCUGGCGUACUUUUACCAUUUGAAAACAUACGAGGAAGGCUACGCGCCAGUCGGCGUCUUCAGGCCGAAGUCGAGGUAUCUCUCGCCGCACAAAUUCGGAGAAAACUUUUGGACGGUCCCGGGCUUCGGAAAAGCGGAAGCGAAAAAGUUGUGCGUUCGAUCCGGUUGAGCGAACCCCGUGUGAGGCCGGAAAUCGCAAUUUUUUCGUCUAAGUGUGGACGGACUGAACUCUGAGUCCUUUCCUUCCGUUUGUCACUCGUUUUCACCUUUUUCCUUGGAAAGAGACACCACGUUGGUGGACUCCUGUCUCUUCGUCCCAGAGGAGACUUCGAGAACAGACGCUCCAGCGCUUGGUUGACGAGAGUCUCUCCCUCGGAGACGCCGUCGUCUGGUCAGUUCCGUUUCGUCUGCUUCAUGGAAAAGUCUCCUGGCCCUUCUGUUUCGAGCCAAGCAACGUUCGGGACGAGACAUUGACCUGCGUUUCCUCAGGCGCUUUCUGCCUGGCGCUCCUCGCGAACAGAGUGCCUCGAAGAGGUCUCGAUCUUUCUCGACUGGUGGGGUGGCUUGCAACUUCGUCUGCCAAUAUUUGGUCGUUCUUCACGGAUUCUCCUCUACUUUCUUCGUUCUUUCCACGCAUGAACCUCGCAGUUCACCGCGGAGGAUGUGUCUUUUUCGCGAAACUCACUUCGGAACGGUUCGUUUGUUGCGCGGCCAGGCAAACGCGUUUCCCGAGACGCUCGCUUUAUCUCUUGUUUCUCGCUCGCGUCGGCUUCGUAGCCUUCCAAAGGAACUCUCAGUGAGGACAUGAUUCCUAAACUGCAGUCAACAAAAGCCUCCCCGCCUCGCUGCGUCCCUUCAACAAAGUCACCUCCGACGCCCGUCGACUGUCGCAGCGCGCUUUGUCUUCCGCUCCGUGACGUUUUUUCACUUCCAAAGCGUUGACGUCCAGCCUGCGUUGCGCCUUCUGCCCCUCGAAGGUCGAGCGCCCAGCUGGACGGCCUCUCCGCGGGGGAUUCGACGCAGAGAAGCAAGUUGUCCCCAAGUGACAUUCUACGCUUCGCCCGCGUACGGUUUUGUGUCCGCUCUUCAAGGUCUUCCGCUCGCACACCGCUCGAAAAUGGCCUCUGCAGUGGCAUCGUUCAACGCAGGCGACUUCGUCCAUCUCGACUGGACGCUGGCAACAUGCUGCGAAAGAGGGCAGUGGAUCACCUUCGGGAUCGUUCUCGCCUGGCUCGCGGCCGCCGUCAUUCUCUGGCACUGCGAAGUCUGGGGGUACAGCGUCUUGCUGCCGCUCAAGAUGUUGACCGUCUUCUUCCACGAGUUCGGCCAUGCCACUGCAACCUGGCUCACAUGCGGCAGAGUCCACGGCAUCGAGGUGCACACGAACGAGGGAGGAGUGACCAAGACAACUGGCGGGUCGCAGUGCGUGAUUCUGCCGGCCGGGUAUUUGGGGUCUUGUGUCUGGGGCAUGUUUUUCCUCCUGAUGGCGUCGCUUAACAUCUGGACUCUGCGCGUCGGAGCAGGAAUCCUCUGUUUCGCGAUGCUGGUGGUUCUCGUCUUUUUUGCGCGCAACUGCACGUUGCGGCUCGUCUGCCUGUUCUUCCUCGCCCUCGUCGUCGGCUUGUGGGUGUGGACUGAAAUGGAGAAACUCGUUUGGCCGCUGCGAGUCAUUCUCCUGGGGAUCGGCGUGAUGAACGGCGUGUACAGUUUGUGGGACAUCUGGGACGACACCAUUCGCAGAAAAGUCCGUGAAAGCGACGCGUACAAGUGCGCUGACCUCACGCACUGCAGCAGCAGACUCUGCGGCGUCAUCUGGGCUGCCGUCGCUGUGGCGUUCAUGGCCGCCUCGAUCUACCUCCUCUUUGUCGUGAAGGAAGUCGGCGACGACUACUUCGAGUGAGACGGAGCUGCUGGCUGUCAGCGGUGUGGCGGGAGCGUCGUCCUCACGUUCCUCGACGUUUGCAGAUCUACAGGGACUUUGGAAGAGUCGAUACGCCGUUCUCUCAGACCGUCAGGCUGAGACGAACGCGUUGGCGCUUCGUGUCAGUAUCUCGACAUGUCAUUUUUCAACUCCGUCGGUCGCUCUCUCUCGCUCUCAGGUUGCAGUUCUCUUGGUGCGUCUGAGGAGUCGAAGCCACGUUUCCCGAUACAUUAAGCAUGUUUUCGCAAUAUUUACUUGAGAAGAGAAACGGAUCAAUGGACUCUGCAAAUUUGAAGAACAUUUUUUUUUGUGAUUCAGGAAAACAUGGCGAAAUAGGGGGGAACCUGACCCGAGUCGGCUGCUGUGAAAAACAAGAGUGCAGUGACAGCCGCCGCGAGCGCCAGACUGUAGAGGGGUGCAGGGAAAGGUAAAAAAUUCAGAACGUUCUUGCCAGCCAAAGGGAGAGAGAAACCUGGCGAGACCAGAUAGAACGUCUGUGAAUGAUAUAUAUAGAGAGAGAGAGCAACAAAGCAAAAGGACUCAUCACUCGUUUAAGGGAGGGGUACUUGAGAGCCGCGCGUCAGUGCGCCGAAGAAACGAAUGCCAUUGGGUUUUAGAGAGAGAGUCGAGCCACGCAGUCUCAAUCGAUUUUCCAGGUGUUGAAGCCCCGUGGCGAGAAGGGGUCGCUGUGAUCCGAUGCUCAAACGCGUUUCCAUCGAGGAUCCGGAGACACCGAGGGCAUCUUUCUGCGCAACAGAGAACGGAUACAGACGCAGAAAGAGUUCUGGAAGAGAAACAUUCAAGUUUUCGAGGUACCUCGUGGAUGCGUUUCUUGGACGCGUCCACUCAAACACGCUGACCCCAGAGUUUAGCAGACCUCGGGGUACGGGUGUCUCCGGGAGAUCCUCGUUUUUGCGGGGCAGAUUCUUUUCCAUUUGUGUUUGUUCAGUGGGACAAGAGAAAAGCCAGUGCCCGGGCGCAGGCGAGGAGACAGAGCAGCCCUGCCUUUCGUUCCUGCUUGUGUGUUGGAAUAAUCUCCUUGUUUGUCUCCGUUGUGCGUCUGUGUUUAUUUGGUCCGUUUCUGCGAAUUGUCAGCAGACAAGAGGUAACAUGGACAGUCUCUCCUCAAUCCUCUUUCGCAGAACUGCAAGCCGUGCUGCCGGAGACGGCCGCGACCGUCCAAGUUCGGUGGCACUUUCCAUGAACAUCGUGUAAUAAAAAAGUGCAUCCAGUAAUAUCCAAUGUCGAGUUGAAAAACAAGCGCUGGUAACGGUCUUCAAC